GUCGUUAGGUUUUUGUUUUCGUUGUUGAUUUGUUUAUACUCGAAGAGAAGAGACUCUCCCCUUUCGGCUCGCACGCAAAACUCGUUUACGUUUGACACAUAAAAUCCAAUUAAACAUGGAGGCACUGGGCGAUCUUUUGGCACCCCACAGCGAGCUCAUUGCCAAGGUGGCCGGCACAAUUACUACCCUGCAAUUUCUGUCCGGUAUAGCGCUGCUCAACGACAUUCGUAAGAAGGGCAGCAGCGAUGUUUAUCCAGUCGGACCGUUUCUAGGCGGCGUGGUCCUAACGGUUCUCAGCUUGAAGCUGGCCAAUAUUAUGAAUGAUGCUGCCAUGAUAAACACUAAUUUAAUUGGAUUGGUGAUAAACUUUGUGUUUCUUGGCGGCUUCUACUACUAUGCCUCCAGUGGUAGCAGGGGAAACAUCUGGAAGCAGAUUGGUUACGCAUCCAUAUUCCUGUUGGCGUGCACUGCAUAUGCAAACUUUGAGGAUCCCAAGAAGAUUGAGUUCCGUCUGGGAAUGCUCAUCACGGGAAUCCUUGUGUGGCUGGUGGGCUCACCCCUCCUGCACCUUCCUAAAAUCAUUGCGAAGAAGAGCACCGAGGGCAUGCCCUUUCCAAUUAUAUUGUCUGGUAACCUGGUAGCCACUUCCUGGAUGCUGUACGCCAUCUCCAUAAAGAAUACUGUGAUGGUGCUCCAAAACUUGUUGCUUCUGAUCUUGGGUGGAAUUCAGCUGUCGAUGUUUGCCAUUUACCCGAAUAAGCCAGCUGCCAAGAAGCCGGCGGCCAAGAAGGACAGCAAGAAGGAGAAAUAAUUUUGUGAGCGGACUAUUAAUGGAUUAAUUAACCAAUUAAUAUGUAGCUAGAAUUGCGAAGUAAUCAAAUUGCAUAUUGCUUGAAUUUACACUAAAUCGCCAAAACAAAAUCAAAACCAAUUGAAAUUUGUCCUAUACAAAUUAUUUUUCUACAUACAUACAUAUAUGCGAUAUUUUCCUAAAAUAAAUCAUUCUAAGAGCGAAAGUUGAGGGGAGACAAAUAAAAAUCCUCAGCUAUCUAAUGAACAAUUGUUACUAUUAUUGUACAUAGCUACUAAGUACUUGCAAAUUUUUGACAAUAAUUCAAAUCUUCCAAUGCGUAUUUAUAAAUAAAAAUAGUUAAACUGUUACAAAUUCAA